AUGCGUCUGCGUGCACCAGCCCCGGCCCUGUCGCCCCAUAAUGGCGCGCGGUCACCUGGCCGCGCAGGGCCCCCGUUCCGCUUCCUGCAGGUGCAAAAGGUCGGGGCGGGCGACAGCGUGGGGCUGAUCCGGCUGCAGCGGCCCGAGGCGCUCAACGCGCUCUGUGCGGGGCUGAUGGAGGAGCUGGGGCGUGCACUGGACGCCUUCGAGGCCGACGGGCAGGUGGGAGCAAUUGUCAUCACCGGCAGUGAGAAGGCCUUUGCAGCCGGCGCUGACAUUAAAGAGAUGCAGAACAAAACCUUCCAGGAGUGCUAUAGUGGCGGUUUCCUGGCUGGCUGGGAUCGGGUGGCCACUAUCCGCAAGCCCACCGUCGCCGCCGUUAAUGGCUUCGCUCUGGGCGGCGGCUGCGAACUGGCCAUGAUGUGCGACAUCAUCUAUGCCGGGGAGAAGGCGCAGUUUGGGCAGCCCGAGAUCCUGCUGGGGACAAUCCCAGGCGCCGGCGGAACGCAGAGGCUGACCAGGGCAGUGGGCAAGUCCCUGGCCAUGGAGAUGGUGCUGACUGGGGAGCGGAUCUCGGCAGCGGAGGCCAAAGCGGCAGGUCUGGUCAGCAAAGUCUUCCCCACGGACAAGCUGCUGGACGCAGCCAUUGGCUGCGCUGAGAAGAUAGCUGCCAACUCCAAACUGGUGGUAGCUAUGGCCAAGGAGUCCGUCAAUGCUGCUUUCGAAACAACACUGACAGAGGGGAACAAGACAGAGAAGCGUCUCUUCUAUGCCACUUUUGCCACCGACGACCGCAAGGAAGGGAUGACUGCGUUUGUGGAGAAGCGCAAGGCCAACUUCACUGACAGUUGAGCUGCAGAACUUGCAGACAUUCGUUCCCCUUUGCUGCCUUCACCACUCAUGUGCCUCAAAAUGAAGGACGGAUCUGUCGGCACCGCAGAGGGAGCCAGCACCCGGCACUGACUGAUGCCCACGCUGGGCAAGAUCCUCAGCAGGGUUUUGCCUCGUUAUUGCUAUUAAAAGGCUUUCCUGGUGC